AUGGCACCGACACUAUAUUUGAUCCAACGUAGUCCGCCCUGUCGUACAGUACAAUUGGUGGCCAAACAUCUAAAUCUGGAUCUGAUUGAAGUGGUUGUGGAUAUGCCAAAUAAGGAACACCUGAAACCUGAAUUCCUAAAGCUCAAUCCUCGCCAUACAAUACCAACACUUGUCGACAGUAAUGGUGUAUCAGUCUGGGAAAGUCGUGCCAUAGCUCGGUAUUUGUGCAAUAAAUAUGCACCAAAUUCAUCGCUAUAUCCCAGCGAACCGGCUAAGAGAGCACUAGUCGAUCAGGUACUUGACUUUGAGUUGGGAUCAUUUGAACCGGCCAUCCGAAACACACUGUCGGCCAAAGCUUUUCGUGGAGUUGAACCCAAUGAGGAACAGUGGAAACAGUUGACACUAAACAUCCAGGUGCUCGACGAACUGAUUGCCCGAAACAAUGGCCGUUAUGUGGCGUCAGCCGAUCACUUAACUAUUGCCGAUUUGUCAUUACUGGCCAACACUACUGUUAUAGCUUAUCUAGACUAUGAUCUCACCGCUUAUCCUAAUGUUAAACUGUGGUACACGACUAUGGCUGACGAACUGCCCUAUUAUCGUGACAUUCAUAACAAUACUUUAGAGGUAAUAAUGACUCUAACACUGUAUCUGAGCAAAACUAGUCCGCCCUGUCGUACAAUACUGUUUGUGGCCAAACAGCUAAACCUUGAGAUCAACCAAAUUAUUUUGGACACACAAAACAAGGAACAACUGAAACCUGAGUUUCUAAAGCUUAAUCCUCGCCAUUCAAUACCGACACUUGUAGACCACGACAACAAUGGUUUGGCAAUUUGGGAAAGUCGUGCCAUUGCCCGAUAUUUGUGCAACAAAUAUGCUCCGACAUCAUCGCUAUACCCAACCGAGCCUGCUAAGCGUGCAAUAGUAGAUCAGGUACUGGACUUUGAGCUGGGAUUAAGUCAAGUAAUCAGGACUACACUGAUGGCCAAAGCGUUAACUGGUGUUGAACCCAGUGAUGAUCGGUCGAAGGCAUUGGACUCCAAUCUACAGGUGCUCGACAAACUGAUAUCCCGAAACAAUGGGCGCUAUGUGGCCUCUGCCGAUCAUUUGACAAUUGCCGAUCUGUCACUGUUGGCCAACACAAUGAUUGUCUCUUAUGUUGACUACGAUCUCAGCGCUUAUCCCAAUGUCCAGGAGUGGCACCAGCGGCUGACCGAUGAACUGCCCUAUUAUCGGCACAUUAGGGACAAUACAUUUGAGGCAUUAAAACAAAAAAUCGCUAAUUCAAAGUCACAAAAAUAA